AAACAAGAGCUUUUUGCGGCACAUGUAGACGCUUGUUUGUUGACAUUAUGCAAUUGGUAAUCUUUUCGUAACGAGUGAAAGUUAAAUAAAUCGACUUUGAAAACAGGCUGAAGAUGCAAUCUUUAUUUGUAAACAUGUCUUCCUUGGGGAGGAAUGCAAUGCCAUUAUUUGUAAAGCCGGGACCAUGUUGCCAGAAAUUCCAUAAAUGCUUUACAGCAGGACGUGUAAGCUACAGUCAGUUAAAUGCUGCAAAACAUCACCUUUCUAGACACAAGAAACUGUUUCCUGGUUUGGUAUCGCAAGUUGUUCGCCAGACAGCUACAGCAGCUGAAACAGCGGCACCUCAGAUUUCUCGAAGGGCUCAAAAGAUUGUUGGAGGAUGGUUGAUUUCUUGUGCCGGCAUGUGUGCUGGUGCAGUCCUUCUAGGUGGUAUAACAAGGUUGACAGAGUCUGGAUUAUCAAUGGUGGACUGGAAGUUGUUUAAAGAUAUGAAACCACCAAGAUCCCAGCAAGAAUGGGAAGAAGAAUUUGAGAUAUAUAAACAAUACCCAGAGUAUAAAUAUGUUGCACAAGAGAAAGGUGAAAUGACGUUAUCUGAGUUUAAAUUCAUAUAUUAUAUGGAAUGGGGCCACAGAAUGUGGGGUCGAGGUGUAGGGCUAGUGUUUGCAUUACCUGCCCUAUAUUUCCUAAAGAAAGGUUGGAUUUCUAAAGCCUUGAAGCCCAGACUGGCCAUAUUUGCAGGUCUGAUUGGAUUUCAGGGUUUUCUAGGUUGGUACAUGGUCAAGAGUGGACUUGAAGAAAAGCAAAAUGCUUAUGAAAUUCCAAGAGUGAGUCAGUACAGACUAGCAGCUCAUCUAGGUUCUGCAUUACUGUUGUACACCCUUUUCUUGUGGAAUGGACUCGCCCAUGUUUUAACACCAGUUCAGAUUCCAGAGUUCAAACAGCUGGCUAGAGUUAGAGGAAUGGCACAUGGUUUAAUGGCUGUUGUUUUCGUCACUGCUUUAUCAGGUGCAUUUGUGGCUGGACUAGAUGCCGGCCUAACUUACAACUCCUGGCCUAAGAUGGCAGAUAGAUGGGUUCCUGAUGACCUUUUAGCAAUGUCACCAAAAUGGAAAAACAUGUUUGAAAAUGCAACAACUGUACAAUUCAACCAUAGAUAUCUGGCACAAAGUACAGUAGUUUUAAUAAGUGGAUUUUGGCUAAUGGUGAGAAAGUAUCCGUUGCCAAGAAGAGCUCGCCUAGCUGUCAACUGUCUAGCUGGAAUGGCAUUUAUUCAGGCUUCACUUGGAAUUCUUACAUUACUGAUGUACGUACCCACACAUCUGGCUGCCACCCAUCAGUCAGGCUCUGUUGUGCUACUCAGCAUGGCCACCUGGCUUGCACUUGAGUUAAAACGGUUGCCGAAGUGAAAUUCAGAUAAUUUGAAUGAUGUGGUCUGAACUCUUUGAAUGCUAUUGAUGUUUAUAAUGACCUGUCUAUGCUGUCAAUAUAAAGUCAGGCCAGCCUGCACAUCCAUCAGCCUUCAUAUUAAAGGCACUCCACUGAGGUUUUUGAUAUGAUGGGACUGUAAAAAAAUUAUAUUAUACAUUUUUAAACCAUUUAAUGAAGAUAUAUACCAAUAACAUAUUUACAAAAUUUCAAUUUCUCACUCAGAUUUUCCAGAAUAAUCAUUUUAAGUGCUAAGAAUGACCUAAAAACUAAAUGUUUAAAUGCAUUUUACUUAAAACUUGCUAAAAAUCACACCAGAAUUUGAUUUUCAAUUGAAUUCUUAGUACAUGUACAUUUUUGUGUAUAUUUCAUUAUUAUCCUUUACAUAUUUUUCUGUUAUUAGUGUCCCAGUUAAUCUAUGAGAGGUUUAUUAAUUGUUUUUAGGCUUUUGGAUCUCAGCAGAACUCCCUUUAAAUUGUCUGCUGCUAAUAUUAGAUCUUUUAACACUGAAACCCCUUACAACAAUAAUUGACUGUUUCGAAUGAAAAGCAGGGCAAGUCCAUUAUGUAUCUUUAGCAGGUAAAGGGUUCAACAAAUAUUUGCAUAAUUGUGUGAUAGAUGUUUCUUAUGUAAAAAUGAAGACAAAUGUAGUAUUAUUUUGUUGACUUUAUGGUUUUGUUAGAAUAUAUGUGAAGUUUCUUAUCUUAUUAUCUUAAUGUCUUCAAUAAAUAAUGAUAUGAUCAACUUUAUAUUAAAAUUUAAAAAUGUGCAACACAGAUGUUGUACUAUGUACAUGUAUUUAUUGUUUAUUCUUCAAUAUUAUUUAAGUGACAUUUUGUUCAUUUUCUUCUGUCAAGUUUAGUUUAAUAGCUAUGUAAAUUCUUAAAUCCAUUUGUAAAUGGUCAGUGAAUAGGUAAAAAUAACAUUCUAACACUAUCGGAUUUUUUUCAAUAUAAACAAAGAAGGCCCGAAGCGUGCAUUAUUCUACAAAAAUGCACUCGUCGUUCUUAUAACCUCCCCGUGUAUUUUCACAUU